AUGUCAGAAAAUAUCUAGAACAGGGUUUCAUCAAUUUUCGAAAAGCUUAAUAACAUCUCAACAAGUGUUCAGGACGAAAAAAAUAAUCGAUUCCAUGCUAUAAGUCAAUUAAUCAUGGCAUUUGAAGCUCAAUUAUAACAUCAAUCUGACUAAAAGGAGGAGAAGUUUGCUUAUAUUGCCCAGAAAGUAAGACAAUUAACAGAAUUUUUGGAAUAAGAGCAAGAAGAUCGUGAAAGAUAAGAAAGUGAAACCUUUAAAUUGAUAACAGAUCUUGAAAGACAUGCUAGAAGAUUGAUCGAAUAGAAUUCCAAAGACAGAGUGGAACAAGAAAAAAAGAUAGUCUAUACUAUAGGAUAAUAAAUAGAAAGCUUACAAUAAGAAGUUGUAAAAGAAGGAUUGGCUCAAUCCACAUCUCAUGAAUAUAUUGAUUCUUAUUUGAAUGAAGAUCUACCAAAAAUAGCCGAUGAAUUAUAAAAUGAGAUAACAGAAAGAAAAGACGUUGAAGAAAAAAUAUAUCACUAAUUUGUAGAAUAAUUAAAUGACUUAAGAGAAUUAUUUGAAAGAGAAAAGAAAGAGAGAGAAGCUAAAGAGGAAGAAAUCGUAGAAAGUUUGAGAGAAAUCUCUGGAAGAAUCUAAGAAUAACUCAAAAAAACUAGAACUGAAAGAGAGAAAACUGAAGAAACCUUAGUCUAAUUAGUCGAAAAAGUCAUUGAAAAGCUUAAGAGAGAAAUGUUAGAAAUGAACUUAUGAUAUUAUCAUCAAAUAUUAUUUUAUAAUUUAUUUUUGA